GAUUAAAUUAAAAUCCUUUUUAUCCUCUCUGAAAAUCGCAAACGAACAAUGGCGAGCCUCGUCUUCAACACCCCGUGGCUUAGGGUUAGGUCGUUACCGGAGCUCGCUCCCACUUUCCUCCGACGGCGUCAAUCUUCACGGCGAUGCUUCUCCGUGGUUGCGUGUUCAUCACCGGGCGGUAACGGUGGUGACCCUGUCAGAGUCCGUUUCGCGCCUUCUCCCACUGGGAAUCUCCACGUGGGUGGAGCAAGGACUGCUCUCUUCAACUACCUCUUCGCCAGGUCGAAAGGAGGGAAGUUUGUGCUGAGGGUUGAGGAUACGGAUUUGGAGAGAUCGACGCGUGAAUCUGAAGCAGCUGUUCUUCAGGAUCUCGAGUGGCUUGGUCUUGAUUGGGAUGAAGGUCCUGGGGUUGGUGGAGACUUUGGUCCUUACAGACAAUCUGAAAGGAAUGCUCUUUAUAAACAAUAUGCGGAGAAGCUUUUAGAGUCUGGCCAAGUUUAUCGAUGCUUUUGCUCCAGUGAGGAGCUUGUGAAGAUGAAGGAGAUUGCGAAGUUAAAACAGUUGCCUCCGGUGUAUACUGGUAAAUGGGCAACCGCUUCUGAUGCUGAAGUAGAGCAGGAGUUGGAAAAGGGAACGCCUUUUACUUACCGGUUCCGUGUGCCAAAGGAAGGCUCUUUGAAAAUUAAUGACUUGAUUCGUGGUGAGGUAUCUUGGAACUUGGAUACUCUCGGAGAUUUUGUGGUGAUGAGGAGUAAUGGCCAGCCUGUUUACAACUUCUGUGUUACGGUAGAUGAUGCUACAAUGGCUAUUUCACAUGUCAUAAGGGCUGAAGAACACCUACCUAAUACAUUAAGGCAGGCUCUAAUUUACAAGGCUCUGGAGUUUCCAAUGCCUCAGUUUGCACAUGUUUCUCUAAUUCUAGCUCCGGAUAGAAGCAAACUAUCAAAGCGACAUGGUGCAACUUCUGUAGGACAGUACAGAGAGAUGGGAUUUCUACCUCAGGGGAUGGUUAACUACUUGGCGCUCUUGGGUUGGGGAGACGGCACUGAAAAUGAAUUUUUCACACUCGAGCAACUUGUUGAGAAGUUCUCCAUUGAACGUGUCAACAAAAGUGGUGCGAUUUUUGAUUCUACAAAGUUAAGAUGGAUGAAUGGCCUACAUCUUAAGGCACUUCCAUCUGAAAAAUUAACAAAACUUGUUGGUGAGCAAUGGAAGAGCGCUGGCAUAUUAACGGAAUCUGAGGGAAGCUUCGUAGAUGAAGCUGUGGAGCUUCUCAAGGAUGGGAUUGACGUGGUGACUGAUUCAGACAACGUACUUUUAAACUUGCUUUCAUAUCCUUUGCACGCUACAUUGGCUAGCCCUGAAGCUAAGCCCGCCGUUGAAGACAAGCUUCGUGAAGUAGCAGCCAGCCUCGUAGCUGCUUAUGACAGCGGUGAGAUUCCAAGAGCUUUAGCAGAAGGACAAAGUGGUUGGCAGAAAUGGGUGAAAGCCUUUGGCAAAUCAACGAAACGCAAAGGGAAAUCACUUUUCAUGCCACUACGUGUGUUGCUAACGGGUAAACUCCAUGGACCUGAGAUGGCCACUAGUAUUGUUCUGAUUCACAAAGCUGGAAGUCCCGGUAUUGUGGCUCCUCAGGCCGAGUUUGUGUCCAUGGAAGAACGGUUUAAGAUCCUUAGGGAGAUGGAUUGGGAAGCUUUGAACAAAGGCGAGAGUGUUCCUCUUGAAUCUACCGCCGCAGCAUCUACCUGAGAAAUUUUCUUAAUCUGAGUUUAGUUGGUUGAAAUGACCACUCCCCCCAAAGAUUGAUUUCUCGUUCAUUUGUAGAGUAUUUUUUCUUUGAUCAAGCGUGCCUUUUUGCCUUAACUUAGGAACAAACCAGAGAGCAGAAACGUCUUAAAGCCAGUUUUUAUUUUGCUUUCCAUGCUGUUUUUUCACAUUUGUUUUUAUUCUCUUAAGAUAAUCUCAUAAUGUCGAAUAAUCUCUUUUAAAA